CCAGGUAGGCCUGGGAUCCCAGGUCAUGGGUGAACGAAUCUACCACGGAGCCCAUUCCUGUUCCGGCACCAACUUCAGGAAAUGCCAGGAUUUAGGAGAUUCAAUUCUCCUGAUUCUGGGCACCUUCAUCUUGCUCAACGUGGGAAUCAAUGUGGUGACUCUGCUCUGGAAGCAUCUGAAGAGCUCUUUGCGGAUUCUUUUCCAUCUCUAUUUCCCCAGAGAUACCAAGAACCUGUGUUCAAGAACCCCUGCCCGACUCCACCACCGUCCCGGUUUCCUACCUGGGCACGGCAAUCACCUAGACUCUUGGAUACUAAACACAAAUGAUGAGAACACUUCUAGGUCCUGCUGGAUGCCACCCCAGUGUGGACAUGGCAGAGCCCCCACAGAAGCCCCGUGGGAGCUGUGGAAAGAAGGGCUAAUGGGAGCUGGAGAAUCAUCUCAGGACCCAGCCACGAAGACUCAAGCUUCUUCCUUCGCCAGGCCAGAGAUUUCUCCCCAAAUUCCAAAGAUAAGCAAGCUGAACAUGGCUCCAUCCUCUUCACCCCAAGACAACAAGACUAAGGCACCAGUUGACAGUCCACCCCAUGCUCCAGCCCAGGCUCUAACCUAUACCUCAACCAACACCCAUGAGCACCUCUCCACCCAGUCCCAGACUCAGACCUCAGAGCACUCUGAACUCAGGGCACAGGAUGUUAAGCAUACCUCAGCCCAUGCAUCACCAUCUCGUGCACCAGACUUUAUCCCAGCCUUCAGUGAAGUCCCCAAACCAGUCAAGGCUCCAUCCCCAACCUCACCCUGUCAGCCAGCCCCCAACCCACCCUAUUCCCCCGUCAAGGCCACAACUCACAGUCAGUCCCAUGCCUUGGGUCAGGCCCAGCCCCACCUCCUGCCCUCUAGCUCACUCCAGAUUCCAGCCCCAACCCCAGCCCGGGAUUUAGCCCACAAACCUAAGCAAAACUCAGCCUGUACAUCACCUCAACCCCCACCCAAGUCUCCUACAUAUGCUCCCUUCCAAUCCCACGGCCACGAUCCAGUCCCAAUCCCAGUACACACCUUGACCCACUCCCAAGCUGAUGUCCCUAAAGAGUCUCAAGUCUCAGCACAUGCCCCAUCCCAUUCUCCGAUUCAUUUGUAUGCCCAUACCUCAGUGCCCAACCCAACCUCUGCCCCAGCUCCAACCUUUACUCCAGUCACUUGUGUUCUGACCCCUGUCCCAACCUGUGCCCCAGCCCCUGCCCUAGCACUGUCCAUGACUCAAGCACCUGUUCAAGUUCCCACCACCACCUUGACCCCUACCCCUUCUUCUGUUCCUUCAGUGGUGGCUACUUUUGGCCCCAGCUUUUCUACUGGCCAUAUGGUCUAUGAUGCCCGAAGAGAGAAGCCAAGCACCUUCCCCAGGCAUGGCUCCCAGGACUCGAGGUACAUCCGGAAGGACUUGAACAUCCUCUCCAGACCCCAAGAGAUGAUGGGCCUAGUAAAUUCUGGUACAGCUGAGCAAACACCAAAGCAGCAUGGUGGGGACACUGCUGAGCCUCCUUCGGGGCCUAGGCUGGGCUACCUGGAGUUGGGGAACAUGGAAUGGAAGAUCUCAGAUCAUGCCAAAGAUAAGUUCUCCCAGCCCAAGACCUUCCCUUACAGCAGCGUUCAUCCUUGCCGUUCUGAGAAGAAAACUGAGGAAGUCCAGGCUCCACUCUACCACCAGUUCCUGGUCUAUGCCCAGGAUGCCACACCCUCGAAACCCUGCCUUCACUCCCCCAGCACCACCCAGAGCACACUGACCACUGUCCCUGCUCCGUGCACUCUCUCUCUGCCGCUUGUUUCUCCCAGAACGUUUGCUGUGUCUCAGUCUAACCAUCUGAAGCCUUCCAGUUUAACACAAGCCCCCUCCUUUCUCUCAACUCCCAGUUCUCCUCAAAUGGCCUCCUCUUCCCACUUCUCUAUCCCUCCUCAGUUCUCCACCAUCUCUCAGUCCUUAAUCCAACCUCCAAACCCCGAGAAUCAAAACCUUAACCAAGGCCUUGACCAUCAAAAGACUCCAUCACUUGCCAAGGAUUCCGGAGUUCUCAAGGACACCGGCUUGACACAACAAGACACAGGACUCCAGAAGAACCCAAGCCUUACCCCAAAUCCACAACUGCAGAAAAACCCAGGCCUUACCCAAGAUCCAGGCUUCCACAAGAACCCAAGCCUUACCACAAAUCCAGGAUUCCAGAAGAACCCAGGCCUUACCCAAGAUUCAAGCCUUCACAAGAACCCGGGGCUUACCUUGACCCCAAGUGUCAACAAGAACUUGGGUUUCUACAAGUUUCCAAACCAUACUCAAGAUCUUUACCUCUACACGAAUCCAAACGGUUCUCAAGACUCUUGCCUUCAAAAGAAUCUAGAUAUCUCUCAAGAUUCUGGCCUGAGGAGUCCAGCUGCCAUCCAAGAUGCUGGUGUUCUCAGGAAUCAUUCAGCCUUAGAUGGCAUCCAACAUCCCAGUCUCCACAAGAAUGGGAUAUUUAAUGAAACAUCUGGCCAGAGUACUUUGAGCUUUAUGCAAGACUCUCUGGUCUACAGGAAUGCUCCAUCAAACCAAGAUCCUGUAAUCAACAAAAGUAAAGACCCCUCCCUAGGUACCACCUAUGAGAGGCCAGACCCCUGCCGAGAGUCUGGAGGUAAUGAUGUUACAGGAACUGUACAACAUCCAGGAGUCUGCAGGAAUGUAGGCUUUACCCAAGACUCUAGACCACAGAAGAACCAGCACCAUACCGAAGAUUCUGAAGUUAACAAAAUCUCGGGACUUACCCAGGAACCUAGUACCCAUGAGAGCCUAGGUCUUGUCCAAACUUCUUGCCUCCAUAAGAGCUCAGGUCUCACACAAGACUCAGGAGACUACAAGAAUCUAGGCCUUAUCCAAGAUUCUCAAAUCUGUAGAGUCCCAGAUCUUAUCCAAGACUCUGACUCCUACAAGAGCAGCAGCCUCAUCAAUGCCACUGAAACCGAAAAAAGAUCGGACCUUAACCAAGAUGUUAGCAUUUACAGUUCAGAACAUAGCCAAAGCUCUAAUCUUCACGAGUGCUCUGCAACAGAGCACGAUCCCUGUCCUCACCAGGACCCAGCACUUGGCCGGGGCUCUGGCUUCAAGCCUCCAGGCCUUACCCAGCAAGCUAUCCCCUGCAAGGACUCGGCCCUUAUCCUAGAUGCUGGCCUCGCCAAAAGAUUAAGUUAUGUUCCAGGUACAGAUUCUGCCCAAAUCUCAGGCUCACUUCAGACAGUAAUGCUAACACCUUCCCCAGUGAAAUCCUUCGCAUGUAAGAUGGCUUCUCAUAAGGACAAUACCAAGCAGCACUUACCCUGGACUUCUGUCCCCUUCAAUCAAAACUCCUGCCCUCCCAAGGCCCAAGUGAUCUCCACGGACAUGAAAACUUUUUCAGAGGUGCCUGUACUGAUUGAGCUACAGCAACCCUCCCGGCAGUUAGACAGACAAGACUGGGUAUACCACCCUGUGGAUACAGUUCCUCCGGCUUGCCAGAAGUAUCGCCAAAUGUCUAUGCCUCCUAAAAUCAACUGGAAGCCCCACUACCCGGGGCCAGGCCUCCGGUCAGGUCAUGUGGUCUUUGAUUCUCGCCAGAAACCAUUAGUAACUGGCAGAGAAAAGUGUGAAGCUCUCUGUUCCAGACGCUUCCGUCAAGAGGCACCCAGAAACUCGAGACCCAGAAGGAGUGGGGAUAUCAAAAUGUGAUGAGGACCUUGAACACAGAGGGGACAAACUCGCGUCGAGAAUAAAGAGGCAAGAGAAGCAUUCUGUGGCUGGUUGAGGUCCUCCAUCCCAGCACUACCAUGGAUAAUGACCAUCCCCAUCUUAAACAGACACAGAAUUAACACAUUCCUAUCACCCUUCGCAGCAUAGUCAGGCUCAAGCGUUGAUUUUCGGGGGAAAAGAAAAAAAAAAUACUAACCACUAGCCAAAUGUGACUAUUAGAAUGUCAAUUAAAAUUUAAAAUUCUCA